GAAACGAGACAUAUACCGUGCCGGGGCAUUAUUUUCCGGGUGAUUAAAUCAUCCCGGCUCGUCUUGAUCGCACCUCCCGAAUGGCCUCCUCCCACCACUCCCUUCAAUUUCCUCUCUUCACCGCCCUCCUCGCUCUUCUCGGCACCCGCCUGGUCGUCACCUAUGACACCUCUAUCUUGAAGAGCACCUUCGCUGCCGCCCCCGCCACCUGCUUGACCUCCAUCUUUAGCUUCGGGGACUCCCUUGCCGACACCGGAAACCUUCUCCACUACCUCGGCGACGAUGCCGGCCCAUUUGCCCAUCUCCCAUAUGGCGAGACUUAUUUCCAUAAUGCCACUGGCCGGUUCUCCGAUGGGCGGCUCAUCAUUGACUUCAUAGCACAAUCCUUAGGACUGCCGCUCGUGCCGCCGUAUCUGGCCGGAACCAAUGCGCAGGAUUUCCGGUAUGGAGCGAAUUUUGCGGUCGCCGGGGCCACCGCACUCGACAACGACUUCUUUAGGGCCAAAGGGCUCAACGUUACAUGGUCGGAGUACUCGUUGGUUGUUCAGUUCAAUUGGUUCAAGCAACUGCUGCCUUCGCUAUGCUCCACGGAUUCGGACUGCAAAGGCAUCAUAAGCAACUCGCUUUUCCUCGUGGGAGAGAUUGGAUGGAAUGACCAUGGCUACUCGUUUAAUGAAGGAAGAACCGCCGAUGAGAUCAGAACCUUCAUUCCCAAUAUCAUUGAAGUCAUUAGUUCAGUGAUCGAUGACUUGAUCAAACUUGGGGCAAAAACAUUGGUAGUACCGGGAAUCUUCCCAUCUGGAUGUGUCCCGGUGUACCUUACUUGGAUGCAAAGUGAAAUUGUGGAAGACUACGAUCCAGACACAGGCUGUAUCAAGUGGGUUAAUGAGUUCUCGGCGUACCACAAUCAGCUACUCCAGAACGAGUUGGACAGGAUCCGACGACUUCACCCUCAUGUUACCAUCAUCUAUGCCGACUAUUACGAAGCCCUAAUGAGCGUCUUCCGUUCUCCAGAGAAAUUUGGAUUUAAGAAGGCACCUUUGGAUGCUUGCUGUGGAGGUGGUGGCCCCUAUAACGUCAACUUCUCUUUACCGUGUGGGGGUCCAAUGGCUACGGUUUGCAAGGACCCAUCGAAGUUUGUUUUUUGGGAUGAUGCGCACCCAACUGAAGCGGCUACUGAAAUCGUUGCCCGUGGUUUAUUAGAAGGACCAUAUGCCUAUCCUCCCAUACUGCAAGCAUGCUCAAAAGUGGAGUCAGAUGCCAGUCAGCUCCAACCUUUAUUCCACCCAACAAAGUGAAGGAGUUAAGAAUGGCUCACUAGGCCGCUGGAUCUUGUUUCAAAGAAUUUGUAUGGUUUUGUGACCAUGUCACGUAAGGGGCCAUUUCCUGUAGAUCCUCUGUCUUUAUUUUACGCAAUUAUUUUCAGUCUUGUAAUUUAUUGUUUUGGUCAUCCACAUGAAUGACAUGGUUGCAGUAGUA